AGGUGAAAUGUGGAACCAGACGUCUAUAAGAAGAACCACUUCAUUGUUGCCUUUUAUCUCAAAAGUCAAAACAAACCAUUCAGUUAUCUUCGAAUCAAGAUCAGGGGGGUUCUAAAAUGGCCUUCAACGACAGGGAACAAGCUAAAAUCCCUCUUCUCACACCCUACAAGAUGGGGAAAUUUGAGCUUUCUCACAGAGUUGUGUUGGCACCGUUAACAAGGUGCAGAUCCUUUGGCAAUGUCCCUCAACCACACGCGAUCUUGUAUUAUACACAACGAACAACCAAAGGCGGCUUUCUUAUUGCUGAAGCCACUGGUGUUUCCGAUACUGCCCAAGGGUAUCGAGCGACUCCAGGUAUAUGGACCAAAGAACAAGUAGAGGCUUGGAAACCUAUUGUGGAUGCUGUUCAUGCGAAAGGAGGAAUAUUUUUCUGUCAAAUUUGGCAUGUGGGGAGGGCGUCAAAUACUGGUUAUCAGCCAAACGGGCAAGCCCCAAUAUCUUCUACAGAAAAAGGAAUAAUGAAUUCAGUCGAAGCCAAUGGCAUUGAUGUUCCAAGAUUUACACCUCCAAGGAAGCUAACAACACAAGAGAUUCCUCUGGUUGUUGAUGAUUUUAGAGUUGCUGCAAGAAAUGCUAUUGAAGCUGGUUUUGAUGGAGUUGAGAUUCAUGGGGCCCAUGGCUAUCUAAUCGAACAGUUUCUGAAAGAUGGAGUAAAUGACAGAACAGACGAAUAUGGUGGUUCACUAGAGAACCGUUGCAGAUUUGCUCUAGAAGUAGUAGAUGCUAUCGUGAAAGAGAUCGGAGCAGAUAAAGUUGGCAUACGACUAUCACCUUUUAUAGAGUUCAAUGCGUCGGCUGACUCAAAUCCAAAUGCUUUAGGUCUUUACAUGGCUGAAUCCUUGAAUAAGUAUAAGAUUCUUUACUGUCAUAUGGUGGGGCCAAUGAUGAAAGAGGUAGGUGUAAAGGUUGAGUCCCCUUAUACUCUUGUACCUAUGAGGAAAGCAUUUAAAGGGACUUUUAUUUCGGCGGGCGGGUAUGAUAUGGAAGAUGGUAAUAAUGCUGUGGCAAAAAAAGAAACCGAUCUGGUUGCUUAUGGUCGUUCAUUUUUGGCUAAUCCUGAUUUGCCAAAAAGAUUUCAGCUUAGUGCUCCUCUUAACAACUACAACUGGGAAACAUAUUACACACCUGAUCCGGUUCUUGGGUAUACCGAUUAUCCGUUUUUGGAAACCACGGUUUAAAAGCAUUGGUGUCGGUAUACAUAUGAGAAGAUCCUGUCAACAUGGCAAUCUUGGUUCUUGUGAAAUUGAGUAGAUUAGGGUGUGUAAUUGUUAAUCAUUGUUUAUUUGAAAUAAAUUCUUUUACAUGUAUUUGGUGAUUUCUCAUGUCAAACACCAUUUACAUAGAUGAGAUAAAGCUUUCUGUCUUUAAAACA